CAUGGCAAUCUCUGAUGAAAUGGCGACAAAGAUUUCUUUUUUGCUUCUGUCAGUCAUAUUUCUGCGUUUGGUUUUUAUUCCUUGCCUUAACCAUUCUUCCUUCUCUGUCUUUCUUUAUUUCCACUCUUUCCAAAACCUCUCAACACACCAUUCUCUCUUUUGAUCAGAUGGUUUUCUCUGCCAUAUGUAUAUAUACACAACCCCCUCUUUGCAUGAACCUCAACAAAACAACACAUUCAAAUAUCAGACACCUUUACCUUCUGCUACUGAAACCAGAAGAGGGAAACAAAGCCAACCCACAACAAUGGCAAAGCAACCAUCUUUGAAGAGAUCAGAUUCCAUUGCUGAAACCAUGCCCGACGCGCUAAAACAGAGCCGCUACCAUACCAAGAGAUGUUUCUCCAGGUUUCUGGCAAGCGGGAAGAGGCUGAUGAAGCACCAGAACAUAAUGGAGGAACUGGAAGCGACGAUCCAAGACAAGGGUGAAAGAGACAAGGUGUUGGAAGGGCUUCUCGGCUACAUCCUGAGUUGCACUCAGGAGGCAGCCGUGGUACCACCUUUCGUUGCAUUCGCGGUAAGGCCUAACCCUGGCGUGUGGGAGUAUGUCAAGGUCGGGGCUGAUGAUUUGAGUGUAGAUGGCAUCUCCAGCUCUGAGUACCUGCAGUUCAAAGAAACGAUCUACGACGAAAAUUGGGCAAAAGAUGAGAAUGCACUGGAAGUGGAGUUUGGAGCAUUUGAUUUCUCUUCGCCUCACCUUACUCUUUCAUCCUCCAUUGGAGAUGGAGUCAAGUACAUCUCAAAAUUCUUGUCACCAAAGCUUGUUGCUAGCUCCCACUCUUCAAAGAAGUUGGUAGACUAUCUAAUAGGCCUCAACUACCAUGGAGAUAACCUUAUGAUAAAUGAGACAUUGGACACACCAUCAAAGCUCCAAGGAGCAUUGAUAGUAGCUGAAUGCUUUCUUGCAACACUUCCUCAAGACACACCAUGCCAGGAUUUCCACCAAAGCCUUAGAGCGUGGGGAUUCGAGAAGGGAUGGGGGGACAAGGCUGGAAGGGUUAAGGAGACGAUGGUAAUGCUCUCCGAGUCGCUUCAAGCACCCGAUGGAGAGAAAUUGGAGCAGCUGUUCAGUAGGAUUCCAAACAUGUUCAACAUUGUCAUCUUCUCCCCACAUGGAUUCUUUGGUCAAGCUGAUGUUCUUGGGUUGCCCGACACUGGGGGCCAGGUGGUUUACAUUCUUGAUCAAAUGAGGGGACUGGAGGAGGAAUUGCUUCAGAGGAUCAAACUGCAGGGACUUAACUUGAAGCCGAAGAUCAUUGUGAUAACAAGGCUGAUACCAGAAGCUCGAGGCACGAAAUGCAACCAAGAAGUAGAGCCAAUUGAGAACACGAAGCACUCUUACAUUCUCAGGCUUCCUUUCAAGACAAGUAAAGGGACUAUCCUUCCACAUUGGCUUUCUCGUUUCGAUGUGUAUCCUUACCUCGAGAGAUUCGCUAAGGAUGCUGGUCGGGCGAUUGUUGAGCACACAGACGGCAGACCAGACCUCAUCAUGGGGAACUAUAGUGAUGGGAACUUGGUGGCCACUCUUGUGGCCAGGAAACUUGGAAUACCUUUGGGGACAAUUGCUCAUGCUUUGGAGAAAACGAAAUAUGAAGACUCAGAUGCCAAGUGGAAGGAACUCGAUCCGAAGUACCAUUUCUCAUGCCAAUUCACAGCUGACAUGAUUGCAAUGAAUGCAGCUGAUUUCAUCAUCACCAGCACUUACCAAGAAAUUUCUGGAAGCAAGGAAAAGUCAGGACAGUAUGAGAGCCACAGCGCUUUUACCAUGCCAGGGCUAUGCCGAGUCGUGUCAGGAAUCAACGUUUUCGAUCCGAAGUUCAACAUUGCUGCACCUGGAGCUGAUCAAUCUGUCUACUUCCCAAACACCGAGAAGUCGAGAAGGCUGACCACUUUCCAUCCUGUCAUUGAAGAGCUGCUCUACAGCAAGGAUGAGAACAAUGAUCACAUUGGGUAUCUGAAUGAUCCGAAGAAACCGAUAAUAUUCUCCAUGGCGAGGCUGGACACAGUGAAGAACAUGACAGGGCUCACAGAGUGGUAUGGAAAGAACAAGAGGCUAAGGAACUUGGUCAACCUCGUCAUAGUUGGAGGAUUUUUCGAUCCAUCGAAAUCAAACGACAGAGAAGAGAUGGCUGAGAUUAAAAAGAUGCAUACUUUGAUGGAGAAGUACCAACUGAAGGGACAAAUGAGGUGGAUUGCAGCUCAAACCGAUAGGUAUCGAAAUGGAGAGCUCUAUCGUUGCAUUGCAGACACCCAAGGAGCAUUCGUGCAACCUGCAUUCUACGAGGCGUUUGGUCUUACAGUGAUCGAGGCCAUGAACUGUGGACUGCCAACUUUUGCAACCAUUCAUGGAGGGCCUGCAGAGAUAAUUGUCGAUGGGGUCUCGGGCUUCCACAUUGAUCCUUACAACGGAGAUAACAUGGGGAACAAGAUUGCCGAGUUUUUCGAGCAAUGCAAGGCGGAUCCUGCUUAUUGGAAUCAAAUGUCAGCUUCUGGUCUUCAGAGAAUCAACGAAUGCUAUACUUGGAACAUAUAUGCAAAGAAGAUGAUAAACAUGGGGUCAAUCUAUGGAUUCUGGAGGCAGUUCAACAAAGAAGAGAAGCUUGCUAAGCAAAGAUACAUUCAGACGUUUUACAACCUCCAUUUCAGGACACUGGUGAAGAAAAGUUUUGGGUUGAGUGAUGAGCCAUAUAUAGAAGCAGAAGAGGCAAAUGGAGCCAUACACAAAUUUGUGCCAUCUCCAGUCCCAUCCCUACCUCCUCCAGCAAUCACAACCCAUUCACAACAGAAAGAACCAAAACGCAAAGAGGGUGUCACUCCACCUAAACCAAUCAUUGCAAGGACCGGAGGUUCCAUACUCGAAAUGCUGAAAGUGGGCAAUCCAUCGGUAGCUGAUAGGGUUGACGGUGUGAAUGGGGCAAUGAGUAGAUCUCGAAGCCGAAAGUUCUUCCGGAUGUUAUCUAUGUUUAUAGUGGCUUAUGCGCUAGUCAGAGUGUAUUAUUUAUUCAAGUGAAGGUGAUAACUUGGCAAGCAAGAAAGCAAGCAAGAAAGCAUGGUUGUAAAUGAAUAAUGUACUUGUACGCUAUUUCUCCACUGACAUCAAUAAAGAUGAUGACUUAACUCAAUAUAUCGAUUCUGAAAACAAGCUUUGCAAUUGUAAAUUUGUAACUGCAUUUCUAAUGGUCCAAAAAUCUACUGAAACAAAAGUGAAGGAGGCAUAGCAACACUGAACAAAGACAUAGCCAUCAAGCUUAACCUUUAGUGAAUCCAUUGCGAGAAUAUAUUAGUUAACCUAAACUCUAAUUCACAUUGCUUGAAAUACAAAAACCCGCCUUACGUUUGGUAAUGGAAUAUUUAUCCAUGUAUAACUUUUGGGGACCAAAUUGCACUUAGCCAUCUUGUUUUUGGUUAUUUCAGUUCGUGCCAAAUCAAUUAAGAGAGCACUUCCAAAUAAUUGACUUGGAUUUUCUGACGAAUGCAGAUAGAGAGAGGAAUUGAGAGGGGAUUGAAACCGCAGCAGGGAUGGUCAUGUCUUUUCCGAUAAUCCCAAUUUGCAUUCGUAUUGAUUGUCACAUGUUGUCACUUGUGCUGAAAUAAGAUUGUUCCACGUGGCCUUGAAAUGUUGGGCUACCAUUGUACAAAUCUCCUACAUUUUACAAUAUGCACCAUGGACCUGGGGUCGAGUUUGUUCCUCAAUGCUUGAAUAAGCUUGAAGAUUGGAUGGCUCGCAAAGCUAGGGUUGUUUCAUUACCGGUGGAUUGAAUUUAGUUAUCAAUAUUAUUGCUCCACUAUUGUAAUGAAGCAUUUGUUUCUCGAUCCAGAUGGAAUAAAAAGCACUUUUUUGGAAAAAAAGUUUUUGCUGAUAGAAUCUCCUGUAGUAGUCUUUGUGAUAAGCAGGGAUCCCAACGACGCACUUAUGGGCAUUUCGGGGAAAAUUUACGACUCUUGAGUAGUAGUUUUUCACCCAAAAAUUGAGACAUUCAAACACACACACAUAUAUAUAUAUAUAUAUAUAUAUAUAUAUAUAUUAUCUACUGCAUGAUAAUUGAUUUUUGUUAAAUUCAAAACUACUGAAUACAUUUAUACGUUAAAAUAAUAUUCCAUUACACCACAAUUUCUCAACUCUUUCAAUCAAACCUUGAAAGCAAAACCGAAUUACUUUUCUUCUCUUCUCUCCUGACUUCUUUUUUCACAAAUAAGCAUCAGUCUGUGAAUGAUUUGUUAUUGAAAUACAUUUAUUGAACAUUGUAUAUAACAAAUAUAUUUUUAUAAAUUUUCAUAAAAGAUAAAAAGACUCAUCAAGAUAUUUUGAAAGAAGUGUAUUAUUGUUUCCUUUUGUUAAAUAGGUGCAUAUAGGAUGAUAACACACUAUAGUGUUAGUACCCUACUAACAUUUUUAAUAAGAUUAUUUUGGUAACUGCCCUUCCCUUUUCCGUCCCUCCCCCUUCUUUGUCCCGUCUGCAUGAUCUUGGUCUCUUCACCCUCUCCACCAUCGAGCCCCCUGACUCUGCCGAUCCUGUCUUGGUCCCCGUCGAUUCCUUUCCCUAAAACUGAGCAAUUAUUACCACCAUUGUGUUGCCCUAGGGAGGAUUGUAUUACUAGCUCGAUGCUGCUGCCGGCUCAAAUCUCGAGCGGAGGCGAGUUUGUCUGGAGGAGGAAGAAAGACGCAUAGGGUUACAUGGUGGAGAACUAGAUCCAUGGCCUGACCUCCUCGUCAACCACAUGGCGGAGGAUACUACAGACAACAUAGAAAGCGGACGAGUACAUCGCUAUCUUCUUGCUCAUAGGAGGUAGAUUUUGCGCAGCGGAGUUGAUCAAAGGAUCAAAAGCUGUGACUAAUCAACUGCCGAGCUUUGAUAAGCUGCCUAGCUUUCGGUCUCCCUCCUCAAUUUUCCUCAACAGCAACAAAACGGGUAUGCGCAU